CUGUAGACUGUAUCUGCUUCAUUUCCAUUUAGGAUGUCCAAUGAACAUGUCGGUUCGGAGAGAGAUAGAGACAGAGCUAGAGAGAGAGAGCGUGCAACCAUGGUUGGACUACCCUACGAUUUCCUUGUUAACCCUCUUGGUGCUGUGAGAUCAACCUUCGACCAGGCGAUAUCAUCGGGUUCCAAUCCAGCGUCUUUUGAUGGCAAGGACUGGGGAGCGCUCGAUCCAUUUCGUCACUUCCUUUUUGACCAAGAUGGUCUAUCUAAGGUUCCAAUUUUGAACGCUUCAAGCGUUAAAUGGGUUCAGCCCAACUGUCUUGUUCGGUUCAAGGGAAUGAUUCAAGACAUGCUGGGAAAUGAGUUUUAUGUUGGCGCUUACAAGGAUGGCUCCACUUGGAAAACCACCAAGUUUACGGAUUCUUCUCAAUGCCCGACAGGAAUUUCCCCGGAUAUGCGCAUCUGGGAACGCCGUUUGCUGUACUGUGUGCCUGUUCCAGGUCAGAAUUCUUGGACAGAAUCCUCGCGUUUAGGAGAGAUCAAUCAGAGUGCUGAGGGGACAUCUGAAAACAAACAAAAGCGUUGCAGAUUGGAUGAAAAUUCUGUCGAUCCUAUGGACUUGCUUGCUUCAAGUGAUGAGCUUCAAAGUUCUUCCUGUGCGAAAAAGAUGAAAGACGAACAACUUUCGCCCGGCUUACAGUCUCCAAAUAUUUCCUCUGUGGCUGUAUCUAGUCUAAGCACUGUCAACAAUGCUGAAAGAAAUUUUCUUCCUUGUCUAGUUAAGAUGUAUGAUACUGUGGAGUCUGAGUUGAAAUUGAAUGAUGUUUUUGAGUUUAUUGGUGUCAUUACCCUUGGCACAGAGCAAAAAGUUGACAAGGAUGACGACGAUGAGUUCUCAAAUGGUUUAUGUGAGGACUUAUCGGUUCAAUUUCCUCCCGACAGGGUACCGUGUCUCCAUUGUGUUGUUCACAGGAAACUUGCCGUUCAUGACUUCCAAACUUUCCAUGUGUUAGAGCCAACAACCCAUCUAAUUCGAGAGAUACGUACCACUCUACUAAAUCACCUGACCAUUGUUCUUGGCAAUGAUGGAGUUGCAGCUCACUUUUUGUUGUUGCAUCUUCUAUCCAAGGUGCAUGCUAGGGUGGAUUCCCUGGCCGUGGGUAAACUUUCACUAAACCUCACAGGUUUUAACAACGAAAGUAUGUCAAUCUUUGGAAAUCAGCUCAGGCUUACUGUCAAGUGUCUUCUUCCAUUCACGGAAUAUAUACCACUCACAGUAGAAUAUCUAAAUACAGCUUCACUGGCACCGAAGAAGGAUUUUGAGAUAAACCGAUUGGUUCCUGGUGUUCUUCAGCUGGCAGAAGGUUCACAUUUGAUGAUUGAUGAAACACAACUGGAAAUAGGGACACUGAAUUCUCUUGGAGUUGAAAACGCAAGGCUGCUGAAAACUUUAAUGGAGUCGCAAAAGGUUGAAUAUGAUUUCAAGUACUACAAAAUGGAUAUGACAACCGAUGUCCAAUUGCUAAUUUUGUCAGAGGGUAAAUCCAACAUUUUGCCAGCUGAUUUGGUUGUGCCUUUCCAACCUUCAUCUGUAGGUUCUUCCGCAAUUACUGAUAUGAAUGCACUAGAAGCAUGGAGGUGGUACUUAUCUAAUUUAAGGUCAUUGCCACAUUCCAUUGAGUCAGAAAUGCAGCAGGUUGUAGAAAAUGACUUGGUGGCAGCGAAGCAGGCAGAUAGGAGCUUAGGCAGCCAAGACUUAAGCAGGUUGCUAACGAUAGGUCGCCUGAUGUCUGCAAGUUACGGAGAAACCUCUUUGUCAUUGGAACAUUGGCAGAUGGUCAAGGAACUAGAAAGGUUGAGAAGGGAGAGACUCACAUGAGGCUAAAUUGAAAGGAAUUGCUGUAAAGUGAUUGCUCAGGAAAUGAAUUUGUUUGGAUAACGCCGUCAAGUGUGGGUCCGGAUUCGGUUCGCCUUUGGGGCUCUCACAUGAAAGUUAAGGAAGGAGAAGCAUCCUCCUCCUCCUCUUCUUCUUCCUUCGAAUCGCCACUCCACUCUGGCAUGACCACAACGCAAGAAUCAUCGUUUCUGGUAUCAUGACAAGUACGAAACACAAUCGUGUAGAUAGCAUUCAUUUCAGGGCUUGAACUAAUCCCGUGGUGUAUAGGUUAAAAGAACUGUGCGUUUGGUGUCAAUUUUUGAAAACGAUUGUGGAAUAGGUUUACUUUAGGAAUUAUCGUUUGAAAAUACAAAGAAAUCAGUGUAAACAAGCCAGAUUUGGUAUGUGAACAUGACUAUACGAUGGAAUUGAAUGUCAAAGGUGAGGAAUGAGGUGGUAA